AUGAAAGAUGAGUUGGAGAAAAAGAAGAAUAGUUUGAUUUCUCUUGAAAAGGAGGCAGAUGAUUUUUUUAAGAUAUCGGAGAAGAGGCUCCAAGAUGCAACACUUAAAGCUGACGAAGAUACUGAGGCGGCUGCUAAGGAUCUGCUGGAGCUUCUUGAUUCCAUGGCUGAAUAUAAAGAGUUUAUGGAAACAACAAUUGCUCAGAGGAGGAAGGAACUCUAUGAAACUGCUGAUUAUAUAGCAGGCCUGUUCGCUGGAACUUCUUAG